AGCGAGGGAAAAGUGGCAGUACAGUGAGGUACGUCUCCCGGAGUCUGCCAUAUUUGAACCCUCCCCAUCCCCGAACGACACUCCGUUUCUCUCUCUUUUCCUUCACCAACAAACUUUGUCAACUUACAAUCAGCUAAACAACAUAUCCAAACUCUUUUAAAACACAUACUUUCUAUCAAACUCUCUCUCUCCUGACAUCUAUCUACCCCGCUACCCCGCCAUCAACAAUCCCCCUCCAAAUAAUCUUAUCAUAAAGACCAAGGCCUUGACCCUUGGUCACUACAGUCGUCAAGACGUUUUCCAAUCUCCUUAACUCGACGCACCACCCGUUCGCAGGAGCCCGCUGUUCAGCCGAUUCCGGAGGCUCAGCGGACUCGACCUUUGAACAGUAAAGGUCACGUUUCAAACAGAACCCGUCCAAUCUUAAUCAAUUCGCAAAUUUCCACGUAAAGCCACCUUUUAUCAUCAUGGCUCCUCACGCGGAAGUAGGCACGGGCUCCUCGAACGGGGCGGUCUACAACGGCCGAGGUUCUUCAGCUACUCAGGACCUCUUCACCGUCAACUCCCCCAACGUCACCUACACUGAUGCGGAAAUUCGUUCCCGAUACAUCUACCGCACUACCAAGGUUGACGUUGAUGCUAAUGGCAAGUAUGUUGCCACCCCAAAUGAGACUCUCUAUGACUUCAAGGUCGACCGUAAGAUCCCCAAGGUCGGCAUGAUGUUGGUUGGCCUCGGAGGCAACAACGGCACUACUGUCACCGCUGGUAUCCUCGCCAAUCGCCGCCAGCUCGCCUGGGAUACCAAGGAGGGUCCACGCGAGUCCAACUACUACGGCUCUGUUGUUAUGGGCUCUACCCUCAAGCUCGGCCAUGAUGCCAAGACCCACCAGGAGAUCAACAUUCCCUUCCAUAACAUUCUCCCUAUGGUUCACCCCAACGACCUUGUCAUCGGUGGCUGGGAUAUUAGCAAGAUGAACCUGGCUCAGGCCAUGGAUCGUGCUCAGGUCCUCGAGCCUACCCUCAAGGCGCAGGUCAAGAAGGAGAUGGCUGAGAUGGUUCCCCUUCCCUCCAUCUAUUACCCAGACUUCAUUGCUGCCAAUCAGGAGGACCGUGCUGAUAACGUUCUCGAGGGCUCCAAGGCUUGCUGGGCUCACGUUGAGAAGAUCCGCCAGGACAUCCGUGACUUUAAGGCCAAGAACGGCCUUGAUAAGGUCAUCAUCAUGUGGACUGCCAAUACUGAGCGAUAUGCCGACCUGAUUGAGGGCGUCAACGACACUGCAGACAACCUUCUCAAGGCCAUUGAGCAGGGCCACGAGGAGGUCUCCCCCUCAACUGUCUUUGCCGUUGCCUGUAUUCUUGAGAACGCUCCUUUCAUCAACGGCUCCCCACAGAACACCUUUGUCCCCGGCGCUAUCGAGCUUGCCGAGAAGCACAAUGCCUUCAUUGGUGGUGAUGAUUUCAAGUCUGGCCAGACCAAGAUGAAAUCUGCCCUGGUUGAUUUCCUCAUCAACGCUGGUAUUAAACUGACAUCUAUUGCCAGCUACAACCAUCUUGGCAACAACGAUGGCAAGAACUUAAGCUCCCAGAAGCAGUUCCGCUCCAAGGAAAUUUCCAAGUCCAACGUUGUUGAUGACAUGGUCGAGGCCAACCACGUUCUGUACAAGAAGGGCGAGCACCCUGACCACUGCGUUGUGAUCAAGUAUAUGCCCGCUGUUGCCGACAACAAGCGUGCUCUUGACGAAUACUAUGCCGAGAUUUUCAUGGGCGGUCACCAGACCAUUUCGUAAGUUGAUGUCAAGGUUUUGAAUACAAUAGACUGCGACUGACCAUUUUCAGGCUCUUCAACAUCUGCGAGGACUCCCUUCUGGCCUCUCCUUUGAUCAUUGACUUGGUCAUCAUUGCCGAGAUGAUGUCUCGUAUCCAGUGGAAGGCUGUAUCUUCUGAUGGUACUGCUACUACCGAAUACAAGAGCUUCCACAGCGUCCUGAGCGUCCUUAGCUACAUGCUGAAGGCUCCUCUCACCCCUCCUGGCACUCCCGUUGUCAAUGCACUGGCUAAGCAGCGCGCUGCUCUGACCAACAUUUUCCGUGCUUGCGUUGGCCUCGAGCCGGAAUCUGACAUGACUCUUGAGCACAAGCUCUUCUAGUCAUAAUGCAUAUGUUACAUGCUCUUGUCAUUGAUUGACUUAGAGGGAGGAUAUUUAUAGGACAGUCUUUACCGGAUGCUCAUAUUGAUAUUUGAAAACCGAAAAAAUUUAUAAAAACGGAGGAGAGAUCAAUUAGCCGCCAACUAAAUAUAAUUGUGCCAUUUUCCUCAUGAUAUACGAAAACACGAUAUAA